AUGUCGGACCCUCAUCGCGAUGUCUCGCAAUACAAGUACUCGGCCAUGUCCAACCUGGUUCUCCAGGCGGACCGUCGGUUUGUCACGCGACGAACUGACGAGGCCACGGGCGACCCUGAAUCCCUUGCUGGACGAUUAAGCAUCAAGGACAUGGGUGCCAGAGUUGCACGGGACGAAGCACCAAAGCAGAAGAAGCAGUCUGGAAUGCCCGACAUAGAAAGAGGUAGUCUCCAAGAGGGUGAGGAUGUUCUACUUAGAGAACAACGAAGACGGAAAGCAGAGGCACAACAACAGAGAGGGACUGGCGUCCUCGGCGCAAACGAUGCUUUGAUCGAGGGUAUUACAUAUCGGCCACGAACGCAAGCAACACGCGCCACUUUCGAUUUAAUACUGACUUUGGUUGCCAAAAAUCUGGGCGACGUACCUCAGGAAGUUGUCCGCAGUGCCGCCGAUGCUGUGCUGGAAUACCUCAAAGAUGAUGACUUGAAGGACUUGGACAAGAAGAAGGAAAUCGACGAUAUUUUAGGCUCAACUAUGAACCCCAAGCAGUUCAACGAGCUUGUCAACCUGGGAAAGAAGAUCACCGACUACGAUGCGCAAGACGAUGAUGAAGAUGUUAAUACAGGCGACGCUAAUGGUGAUGAUGCCGAGAUUGAUGAGCGUCAAGGUGUUGCCGUAGCCUUUGACGAGGACGAGGACGAAGAUGAGAUUAUAAACGAAGUUCGAGACGAAUCUUCCGAAGACGAAGAGGGUGAAGAUGAAGAUGACGAAAAUGGCGAGACAUCUGGACCAAAGCCAGUUGAGGACCUGGAUGACGACGAAAUGGUUCUGGAUUCAGGCCCAGGAGGUUCCAAAAGGAAAGGCGAAGAGAAGAGCUCGAUACCUGCCAGAGAUAUUGACGCGUUUUGGCUGCAGCGCCAGAUUGGUACUCUGUAUCCCGACGCUCAUGAACAAUCGAACAAGACCAAAGAUGCUCUUCGUAUCCUGUCUGGUGAACCAGACGAGCCCGAGGGCGAAGAGAAAUCCCUUCGAGAGAUAGAAAAUGAUCUCAUGGAGCUGUUCGACUUUGAGCACCACGAACUUGUGCAGAAGCUCGUCGAAAAUAGAGAAAAAGUGUUCUGGCUGACGAAGCUGGCACGUGCGGAUUCUGCCGAAGACCGGGAAAAUGUCGAACGCGAGAUGGGUUCUGAAGGCCUUCAAUCGAUUCUGGACGAGUUGCGAGGCAAAUCCGCCGCUGGAGAUGACAAGAAACGAAAGGUAGACAUCAAAAUGGACAUUGAUGUCCCUGCCUCGUUCAAUGCUGAAGCGCCAAAGCAAGAACGACCAGAGGGUCAGUUAGUUGGAGGUCUACAACCCAAGAAAGUUGUCAAUCUUGACAACUUGGUGUUCGACCAAGGUAAUCAUCUCAUGACGAAUGCCAAGGUCCGAUUGCCAGAAGGCUCUACGAAGAGAUCAUUUAAGGGCUACGAGGAGAUACAUGUUCCACCGCCCAAGAAGAGAAACGAGCCUGGAGAUGUCCUGAUUCCCAUUACCGAUAUGCCCGAGUGGUCGCGUCUGCCAUUCAGCACCGCGAAAUCUCUGAACAAAAUUCAGUCGAAGUGCUAUCCUUCGGCCUUCCAGGACGAUGGCAACAUGCUUGUGUGUGCCCCUACCGGUAGUGGUAAGACAAACGUCGCGAUGUUGACCAUUUUGCGAGAAAUUGGCAAGAAUAGAAACGCAGAGACCGGUGACAUUGAUCUGGAUGCCUUUAAAAUCGUGUACAUUGCUCCCUUGAAGGCCCUGGUCCAGGAACAAGUCGGCAACUUUGGCAAGAGACUUGAGCCAUAUGGUAUUCGUGUUUCUGAGUUGACCGGCGAUCGACAACUCACCAAGCAGCAAAUCGCCGAGACUCAGAUUAUUGUCACUACACCUGAGAAGUGGGAUGUUAUUACCAGAAAGUCCAAUGACCUCACCUACACAAACCUCGUUCGUCUUGUUAUUAUUGAUGAAAUUCAUUUACUCCACGACGACCGCGGACCUGUUCUGGAGAGUAUUGUUGCCCGAAUCAUCCGGAAGACAGAACAAACAGGCGAGCCUGUUCGAAUUGUCGGUUUGUCUGCUACGCUACCCAACUACAAGGAUGUGGCGAGCUUCUUGCGUUGUGAUAUCAAGAAGGAUCUCUUCCACUUUGACAGUACCUUCAGACCUUGCCCGCUGCGUCAGGAGUUCAUUGGCGUCACGGACCGCAAGGCUAUCAAACAAUUGAAGACGAUGAAUGAUGUCACUUACAACAAGGUUAUGGAGCAUGUUGGUUCAAACAGAAACCAAAUGAUUAUAUUUGUUCAUUCAAGGAAGGAGACUGCAAAAACCGCGAAAUAUAUCCGAGACAAGGCGCUUGAGCUGGACACCAUUAAUCAGAUACUUCGACAUGACGCGGGAAGCCGCGAGGUUCUCAAUGAAGCUGCCAGCCAGGCAACCGAUGCAGAUCUCAAGGACAUAUUGCCAUAUGGAUUUGGUAUCCAUCACGCCGGUAUGAACAGAGUUGACAGAGCCGAUGUCGAAGACCUCUUUGCCAGUGGCGCUAUCCAAGUUUUGGUGUCAACGGCCACCUUGGCCUGGGGUGUCAACCUGCCUGCUCAUACAGUCGUUAUUAAAGGCACACAAGUCUACUCGCCGGAAAAGGGUAGCUGGGUUGAAUUGAGCCCUCAAGACGUGCUCCAGAUGCUUGGGCGCGCGGGUCGGCCGCAGUUCGACACGUAUGGUGAAGGUAUUAUCAUCACAACCCAGACCGAAAUUCAAUAUUAUCUCUCCCUGCUCAAUCAGCAGCUGCCUAUUGAAAGUCAGUUUGUUAGCAAGUUGGUGGACAAUCUAAACGCCGAAAUUGUGCUAGGAAAUGUCAGGACCCGCGAUGAGGGCGUUGAGUGGCUUGGAUACACCUAUCUUUUUGUUCGAAUGCUUCGAUCCCCGGGACUGCAUCAAGUUGGAGUUGAGUACGAAGACGAUGAUGCCUUGGAGCAGAAACGUGUCGAUCUUAUACACUCUGCUGCGUUGAUGCUGCGAAAGUCAAAUCUCAUCAAGUAUGAUGAAAAAUCGGGCAAGUUGCAAUCCACCGAACUAGGCCGUAUUGCCUCGCAUUACUACAUUACUUCUACGUCCAUGGAUACCUAUAACAAUCUGAUCCAGCCAUCAAUUACCACCAUCGAGCUUUUCCGUGUCUUUGCUCUGAGCGCUGAGUUCAAAUACAUUCCCGUGCGACAAGAUGAGAAGCUUGAGUUGGCAAAGCUUAUGGGCAGGGUACCCGUUCCCGUAAAGGAGAGCAUAGAAGAACCGCAUGCAAAGAUCAAUGUUCUUUUGCAAGCAUACAUCUCUCGACUUAAGCUUGAAGGACUUGCUCUUAUGGCCGACAUGGUUUAUGUCACUCAGAGCGCUGGGCGUAUCCUGCGUGCCGUGUUUGAAAUUGCUCUCAGGAAAGGCUGGGCAUCUGUCGCCAAGACUGCGCUGGACUUGUGCAAGAUGGCUGAGAAACGCAUGUGGCCGACUAUGUCACCUUUACGCCAGUUUCCUACUUGCUCCAAAGAUAUUAUUCAGAAGGCAGAGCGAAUCGAUGUUUCGUGGAGCAGUUAUUUUGACCUCGACCCUCCUCGUAUGGGCGAGUUGCUCGGCAUGCCCAAGGCUGGAAGAGCUGUUUGUGGCUUCGUCGCCAAAUUCCCGAGAGUUGAUGUUCAAGCCCAAGUUCAGCCAAUGACACGGUCCAUGCUCAGAGUAGAACUCAGCAUCACUCCUAAUUUCGAGUGGGACGACAGUCUGCACGGUGCUGCUGAGAGUUUCUGGAUUAUUGUUGAAGACUGCGAUGGUGAAGACAUCUUGUUCCAUGAUACCUUCCUUCUGCGCAAAGAUUACGCCCAGUCCGAGUCAAAUGAGCACAUCGUUGAUUUCACCGUUCCCAUCACUGACCCAAUGCCUCCCAACUACUUCGUGUCUGUAAUUUCAGACAGAUGGAUGCAUUCGGAGACGAGAUUGGCUGUUCCCUUCCACAAGCUCAUUCUGCCAGAGAAGUUCCCGCCUCACACUGAACUCUUGGAAUUGCAGCCUCUUCCUGUUUCUGCCUUGAAGGUUUCUAAUUAUGUUGAUUUGUACCCUGACUGGAAACAAUUCAAUAGGAUUCAGACCCAAACCUUCAAUUCCUUGUACAAGACUGAUCAGAACGUCUUCAUUGGUGCCCCGACUGGCAGUGGUAAAACGGUGUGCGCCGAGUUUGCCAUUCUUCGCCACUGGAACCAGGGUAGUGCUGGUCGAGCGGUCUACGUUGCCCCCUUUCAGGAGGUUGUUGACGCUAGGCUACAUGACUGGCAGAAGAGGUUGGCUCACUUGAACGGCGGAAAGGAAAUUGUCAAGUUGACUGGGGAGACUGCUACUGACUUGAAGAUUCUGGAGAAGGGAGACCUCAUCCUGGCCACACCAACACAGUGGGAUGUCUUGUCUAGGCAGUGGAAGAGACGCAAGAAUGUGCAAACUAUUGAGCUGUUUAUCGCUGACGAUAUUCAUCUCCUCGGGGGUUAUAUGGGCUAUGUCUACGAAAUCAUUGUCUCGCGCAUGCAUUAUAUUCGAACACAAACAGAACUGCCAAUGCGCAUUAUUGCAUUGAGUGUUUCCUUGGCAAAUGCGCGAGACAUGGGCGAGUGGAUUGACGCAAAGAAACAUGACAUUUACAACUUCAGUCCGCAUGUUAGACCAGUGCCUCUGGAGCUCCAUGUUCAAUCCUACUCAAACUCUCAUUUCCCGUCCCUUAUGCUGGCUAUGGCGAAGCCUGCAUACCUUGCUAUCACUCAGAUGUCGCCAGAUAAGCCAGCCAUGAUUUUCGUCUCUAGUCGAAAGCAAACAAGGCAAACCGCCAGAGACUUGCUUGCCGCUUGCGUUGCGGAUGAUGACGAGGACCGCUUCCUGCACGCUGAAGUAGACCAGAUGCGGCCGCUUCUCGACCGUGUCCAUGAAGAAGCUUUGGCUGAGGCGCUCUCGCAUGGUAUUGGAUACUAUCACGAAGCCCUUAGCCAGAGUGAUAAGCGCAUUGUAAAGCAUCUAUAUGACAAUGGUGCUAUUCAGGUCCUCGUUACUUCAAGAGACACAUGCUGGGAGUUGACUAGCACGGCACACCUUGUGAUUGUCAUGGGCACUCAGUAUUUUGAGGGAAGGGAACACCGAUAUGUGGACUACCCACUUAGCGAAGUAUUGCAGAUGUUUGGCAAGUCAUUGAAGCCCUCUAAGGACGGAAGAGGGCGCGGUGUUCUCAUGGUCCCCUCAGUGAAGCGCGAGUAUUACAAGAAGUUUUUGAACGAAGCUCUACCUGUCGAGUCACACCUGCACAACUAUCUUCACGAUGCGUUUGUGACGGAAAUCAGCACAAAGAUGAUCGAAUCCGGUGAUGAUGCCAUCAACUGGACCACGUUCACUUACUUUUAUCGCCGAUUGCUGGCCAAUCCUAGCUACUAUAGCUUGACCAGUACCACCCAUGAUGGCCUCAGCAAUUACAUGUCCGACCUCGUGGAGACAACAUUGCGUGAGCUGAGCGAGUCAAAGAUUAUCGACUUUGACGACGAGGACGGAAGUGUGUCACCUCAGAAUGCGGCCAUGAUUGGCGCAUACUACAACAUCUCAUACAUUACAAUGCAGACUUUCCUCCUCUCGCUGAGCGCGCGAACCAAGUUGAAGGGAAUUCUUGAAAUUGUCACCUCGGCCACCGAGUUUGAAUCAAUCCAAGUGCGACGCCACGAAGAGAGUCUUCUCCGCCGGAUUUACGACAGAGUCCCCGUCAAGAUGUCGCAGCCCGUGUAUGACUCGCCUCAUUUCAAGGCCUUUGUCCUUCUUCAAGCACACUUCUCCAGGAUGCAGCUUCCUAUUGAUUUGGCGAAGGACCAAGAAAUCCUGCUGUCAAGAGUACUCAGUCUCUUAAGCGCCAUGGUUGAUAUUUUGUCGUCUGACGGCCAUCUCAAUGCCAUGAACGCCAUGGAGAUGUCACAAAUGGUUGUCCAAGCCAUGUGGGACCGAGAUAGUCCGCUGAAGCAGAUUCCUCACUUCGCACAAGAUGUGGUCAAGGUUGCGAAUGACUUUGGUAUCAAGGACAUCUUUGACUUCAUGGAAGCCAUGAACCCCGACGAGAACCCCGAGUAUAAUAACCUGGUUAAGCGUCUCGGCCUAUCACAGAAGCAGCUUGCAGAGGCCGCUGGCUUUACAAAUGACAAGUACCCAGACCUUGAGCUUGAGCAUGAGGUUCUUGACGAAGAUGAAAUCCAAGCAGGCGAGCCCUCGUAUCUCAGCAUCAAGAUAACACGUAAUGUGGAAGAGGACGAUGAGGUUGACUCGACUGUGCACGCACCAUUCUACCCGACAAAGAAGAUGGAGAAUUGGUGGCUGGUCGUUGGAGAUGACAAGACUCGCAACCUCUUGGCUAUCAAGCGAGUGACAAUUGGUCGCGAGCUCACUGUCAAACUCGAGUAUACUGUACCAGCAGCAGGGGAGCACAACUUGAAACUGUUCCUAAUGAGUGACAGUUAUGUUGGGGUGGACCAGGAGCGCGAGUUUACGGUUACAGCGGCUGAAGGAAUGGACGUGGAUGAUGACGAAGACGAUGAAGACGAGGAGGAAUAG